AUGCUCAGAUGUAGGGAGCAAGAUGAGGUUCAACCUCCUUCAAAUCCAAAGAAACUUCAAAGAUGCUUCAUCAAGAUCAACUGCAGCAAGUGUGGUCAAGAAGGCUAUAAUGCUACUACUUGUGAAAGGAGGCAGCAAGGAAAUAGAGCUCAGGGGAAUGGAGAAGGUGAUCUGAGAGGGCAAACUUCAGCAAAUCCAAGCAAACAACAGUCACGAACAAAUGGAAGAAAUAGCACAAGUGAAACCUCAGCAAAUCAAGCACACUUUGUACCAAGAGGAAUACAAUCGACAAGAAAUAUUUUCGAAUCCAAUGCACAAGUCUCAAACCCAAGUUCUUCUUCUAUAAGAGUAAGCACGAUGAAAACCAACACCAAGUCUUAUGCCAAGAAGAAUAACAUAUGGAAACCAUAA